GGAUGGGAAUGUGGCAUAGGGUUUUGGGAAGACGCUGCAGCUGCUCUUGCUCCUUCUGCAAUUGGGAUUCAACUUCAACAACAGCACACACUGAUUCUGACUAAGUUUAUUGGAAGAAAUCAAUUAUUCUCGAUCAGCUAGGCCUUUCUACGGCCGGGAGAAGACCCCACAAGGCCUCCACUGGUGUCGCUGGCGCCGGUGCCGGGGGAUUACGCAGUUCCGUCAUUUUCUCCCUCCUCAUCUUCCAACGUCUCCACACAGUUUCCUGCUAGUAAAUUUGCACGAAACUUAAAUUUAGGUAAUGUUUAUCACAGUUCACAUUUGAUUGAAUUUGAAGACUCUCCACAUUCGCGCCACGUUUAUUCUUUUUCCGCUUCGAUUUCGCCGAGUAAGUGUUCGACGAAAUGUCCCAACCAUGCACUUCCUCACUGCACCGUUACUCGCGGUUCUGAAAAUGGUGUAAGAAGAUGGUUUAUCUACAAUCUCCGUUACUCUUUCUCUUUCAAUGAAACUUGAUUGGACUCAAUGGUUACUUUUAAAAGCUAUUUGACUUACAGAAGAACAGAUAACCCUUUCAAAGUCUCCAGAUUUCGUAGCAUUUGCUUUUUCUCACUAGAAGCUACAUGCUGGCAUAUAUACGGUGGCUUGAGAUAUUAUCAUUCUGGAUCAGAAUGGGGUAAAAAUCAGAAAUUGAAUCCAAACGAGAAGCCAAACAGGGUGGGGCUUUUCUGGGACUUAGACAAUAAACCACCCAAUGCAAUCCCACCUUUUGAUGUUGCCAAUAAGCUGAGAAUAGCUGCAUCUUCCUUUGGGAUUGUUCGUUACAUGGUGGCUUAUGCAAAUAGCCACACUUUUAGUCAUGUUCCUCAAUCUGUACGGGAGAAAAGGAAAGAGAGGGAACUGUUGUAUCGUUUAGAGAACAAGGGUGUCAUCAAGCCAAAUGAACCUUAUCGUUGUCGGGUUUGUGGGAGAAAGUUUUAUACUAAUGACAAGCUUGUCAACCAUUUCAAGCAACUGCAUGAGCGUGAGCACGGGAAAAGGAUAAACCAGAUUGAGUCUGCUAGAGGGAGCAGGAGGGUGAAGUUGGUGGCUAAGUAUUCUAUGAAAAUGGAAAAGUAUAAGAAGGCUGCAAGUGCUAUUCUCACACCCAAAGUGGGGUAUGGUUUGGCAGAUGAGCUCAAACGGGCUGGGUUUUGGGUUCAAACUGUGUUGGAUAAGCCGCAGGCUGCAGAUCGAGCAUUGCAAAGCCACAUUGUGGAUGUCAUGGAUCAUAGGCGGGUUGAGUGUGUGGUUCUUGUGUCUGAUGAUUCUGAUUUUGUUGAUGUGAUAAAGGAGGCAAGGUUGCGAUGUCUGAAGACGGUUGUCAUUGGGGAUAUUGAUGAUGGUGUCUUGAAGAGGACUGCCGAUACUGCCUUUUCUUGGGAGGAAAUUCUGAUGGGGAAGGCUAAAAAGCAGGCUGCUUCGGUUGUGAAAAACUGGAAGGAUCGUGAUAUUUUGAAGAGGUUAGAGUGGACAUAUAACCCUGAUGCAGAUAAAAAUAAAUUGGAUGUGGAUGAUAUUGUAGCUGAAACAUCUGAAGAUGAUAAUAUUGAAGAUACCUCUGAUGAAGUUGACGAUGUCUAUAAGGAUGACAGAGGUUCUUGGUGGGAAUUAGAUUCUGACAAUGAUGUCUCAGAGGGACAGUCGGGCAAAUUAUCCGAUUUAUCUGUGCAUAAGUGAACACUUGACCUUCUACUUGACCGAGUUUGGUCAUCGAAUAUCUAUUUAUUAGUUGUCUCGUUUGCUUCAUAGUCUUUAUCAGCUCGCAUUGUUUGAUUAGUUCUGGUUCCUUGUUAUGGAUGUCUAUUUGAUAUGUUUCUUUGGUGUUCAACUCAAUAACAGCUAUUUGCAGUUAAAAUCAGGAAAAAGGACUUUGUAUUGUAUGUAAUAUUGAAAUAUUGUGGCCUUGUGCACCCAUUUUUAAAAUAUUAAAUUUGCAAUA